AGCCUUCUCAUGGAAGCCAAAACACUCAGUACUGAAUCAUCACAAAACAUGGCAGCUGCCAAUAUUCAUCAUCCUUCAAAACCCAACAAUAUUUUCUCUUCAACCUAUCUUCAUUCACUCUCCCAGACACCUCACAGGCUUAGAAAAAGAAUGUUAGCUACAUGGACACCAGACCAAGAGCUCAACAAAGUGAGGCUAAGGUCUGGUGCAGACAUGAAGAGAAAACUCCACUGGUAUGACUUGGUUGCUCUUGGCCUUGGAGGCAUGCUUGGUGUUGGAGUUUUUGUCACCACUGGUCCCGUGGCUCGUGAAAUCGCAGGCCCUUCCAUCUUCAUUUCAUACAUCAUCGCCGGCAUAGCAGCUCUUCUUUCCUCCUUGUGUUACACAGAAUUCUCCAUUGAAAUUCCUGUGGCUGGAGGUGCCUUCAGUUAUCUAAGAGUGACCUUUGGGGAAUUUGUGGGUUAUUUUGCUGGUGCAAACAUACUAAUGGAAUAUGUAUUGUCAAACGCUGCGGUGGCGAGAAGUUUUACCGAGUAUUUAUGCUGUGCCUUUGGAGAGAAUGAUCCAAACUCAUGGAGGAUAGAAGUAGAUGGAUUAGUAAAGGGUUAUAACAUGUUGGAUUUCCCAGCUGUUGCUCUUCUUGUUCUUCUCACUGUCUGUUUAUGCCAUAGCACCAAGGAAAGCUCCAUAUUGAACCUUAUAAUGACAGUGUUUCAUGUGCUUUUCUUUGGUUUUAUUAUAAUUGCUGGUGUCUUCAAUGGGAGUACUCAAAACUUAGUAAAGCCAGGAGGCCUAGCUCCUUUUGGUGUCAAAGGUGUUCUUGAUGGAGCAGCCAUAGUUUAUUUCAGCUACAUCGGCUAUGACUCAGUUUCAACCAUGGCAGAGGAGAUCAAAAGCCCUUCAAAGAGCCUUCCUGUGGGCAUUGUUGGUUCUGUAAUCAUCGUCUCGGUGCUUUAUUGCCUAAUGGCUUUGUCUUUGUGUGUGAUGGUUCCUUAUGACAAGAUUUUGAGUAGAGCAUCAUUUUCGAUGGCUUUCCAAAAGAUGGGUUGGAGAUGGGCGAGUAAUGUUGUUGGAGCAGGUGCAAGCCUUGGGAUUGUGGCUUCUCUUCUGGUUGCCAUGCUUGGCCAAGCUAGGUAUCUGUGUGUAAUUGGAAGGGCCCGGCUUGUGCCGUCCUGGUUCGCCAAGGUGCAUCCUUCCACAGGCACUCCACUGAAUGCAACUCUCUUCUUGGGGGUUUGCACAGCAUCAAUUGCACUCUUCACAGAGCUUGACAUAGUGAUUGAAAUGAUCUCCAUCGGCACACUCCUGGUGUUCUAUCUGGUGGCCAAUGCUCUAAUCUACCACCGAUAUGUAAUCACUAGUAAAAAUCAUCCAUUACACACACUCCUGUUCCUCUUCCUCCUCUCAUGUAGCUCAAUUGGCUUCUCCUUGUCAUGGAAGCUCAACCAACAAUGGUGGGGGCUACCAUUAUUUGGCGGGGCUAUGGUCACCAUCACUGCCUUCUUCCAUUACAUGGUCCCUUGUCUUAUCCGUCCCACCGAGUGGUCGGUGCCCUUCAUGCCAUGGCCAGCUGCAAUAUCCAUCUUCCUCAAUGUCUUCCUCAUGACUACACUGAAGAAAUUGUCAUACCAAAGGUUUGGUGUAUGGUCGUGUUUGAUAACGUUGUUUUAUGUAAUGUAUGGUGUCCACUCAACAUAUCAAGCAGAAGAAAGGGAGGUGGUUGUUGAUGGUGUGAAUGCAAACUCAUCAACCCCACAUUCUAAGCUUGAAAUCCAAGUGCUUUAAUAAUUAAAGAACUUGAGAUUUUGCUGUCCUUUUCCCACUUUUUCCUUUUUUCUUUCUUUUGAAGUAGCAUCUUUGUGUUUUAAGGUUGCUACAACUUAUAUUUCAUGGAAUUCUCCACAUAAUGGUUAUAGACAUUCUAUCCGAAUUCGGAGAGAUUCAAUAUGUGUGAGAUAGAGGGGGCGGUGGUGGAUCCCACACAGUUUUGGGCCCCACCACCUUUCUGUCUCACUUCUCGACUCUCUAAAUUUGGAGGGUCUGUCAUGACUCUUUCUGAAUGACUA